AUGAGUUGCUUCCCAUGUUUUUCAAGCAAGAAAGCGAGCCCCAACAAAGAUAAUGUUCCAGUGGCUCAAGCCAGAGACAUCAAUCCAUCAAUUGCUCCUGUGCAUAAUAAUGGGAUUACUCGAGAAGUGGCCGAUUACACCAACAAUAAAGCCAAACCAUGCCCGGUAGAAGAAGGAAGCAAUACGGCAAAGUCAUUCACCUUCCGUGAACUUGCCACAGCUACUAAGAAUUUUCGCCAAGAAUGUUUAUUGGGUGAAGGUGGGAUAGGACGAGUAUUCAAAGCAACACUUCCAGCAUAUGGCCAGGUUGUGGCUGUUAGGCAACUUGACAGAAGCAAAACACUAGGGAGCAGGGAGUUUCAGGUUGAAGUCCUAAUGUUGAGCCUUCUUCGCCAUCCGAAUCUGGUGAAUUUAAUUGGAUAUUGUGCCGAUGGUGAUCAAAGGCUUCUUGUGUAUGAGUACUUGCCCUUGGGGUCUUUGGAAAACCAUCUCUUUGACAUUUCAGGAGAUAAACGAGCGCUAGAUUGGUCAACAAGAAUGGCCAUAGCAUGUGGUGUGGCUCAAGGUCUUGAGUACCUUCACGAGAAGGCCAAUCCCCCCAUCAUCUACCGAGACCUAAAAUCAUCAAACGUUUUGUUGGACGAGAAUAAAAACCCAAAACUCUCGGAAUAUGGGCUCGCAAAGCUUAUGCAGAGCGGGAACAAAAUGAAUGUGACACCUAGGGUGAUGUCAGCUUAUGGGUAUUGCGCACCGGAGUACGAGAGGCAUGGAGAGCUCACCUCCAAAUCGGACGUGUACAGCUUUGGCGUGGUUCUGUUGGAGCUUAUCACGGGCCGCCGAGCCUACGACCCUGGCCAGCCUACAGACGAGCAAAGUUUGGUUAAUUGGAAUGUCUAUUUGAUAGUCGUGUUAGCUCUAGUUAACGAGAAACAAGAAUUCUAUAUGUACGGGCAAUGGGAGGAUGUGAAAUGGAAACCUGUGGAAUCGGACGAUGAGGUCCAAGAAUGA